UGCCACUCUCCAUUCCAUUAAACCUUUCCACCAACUCCAUCUGAACAAUUGCACAGGAUCUGCUCUGCCACAAACCCAAUUCCUAUAGAGAGAGAGCACCAUAAACAUACAAAACAAAGAAGGAACAAAAUGCCUGGUGAAGUUGAAGAUGUGGAAAACAGAGGAGUGAAAGACAGAGCAAGUCAGAGCUACUCGUCGUCUUCUUAUGUGAUAGAGGACUCAGAGGCCCAAUGGACUUCUUGGUUGGUCCCCAUGGUCGUUGUGGCUAACGUUGGUGUGUUCCUUGUGGUCAUGUUUGUGAACAAUUGUCCAAAGCACAAUUCUCGGAUUGAGGGCAAGUGCGAGGCAAGGUUUCUUGGGAGGUUCUCGUUUCAACCUUUGAAGGAGAACCCUCUCUUCGGCCCUUCUUCUUCCACAUUAGAGAAGAUGGGUGCUUUAGAUUGGGCCAAAGUUGUGCAUAAGCAUCAGGGAUGGAGGCUUUUCACUUGUAUUUGGUUGCAUGCUGGCGCAAUCCACCUGGUUGCUAACAUGCUGAGCCUGGUGUUCAUUGGCAUUCGUAUAGAACAGCAAUUUGGUUUUGUGCGAGUUGGAAUUAUAUACAUGUUGUCUGGAUUUGGAGGGAGCAUACUUUCGUCCCUUUUCAUUCGAAAGAACAUCUCUGUUGGUGCCUCUGGUGCUCUUUUUGGGCUUCUUGGAGCAAUGCUUUCAGAACUAAUUACCAAUUGGACUAUUUAUACCAAUAAGGUUGCAGCCCUCCUCACCCUUUUGGUCAUUAUUGCCAUUAACCUUGGCAUUGGAAUUUUGCCACAUGUUGAUAAUUUUGCCCACAUUGGUGGGUUUCUUACUGGUUUCCUCAUCGGCUUUGUCUUGAUGCCCCGUCCUCGGUUUGGGUGGUUGGAGCAACCAAAUAUUCCUGCUCGUGUCAAUGUCAAGUCCAAAUACAAGGCUUACCAAUAUAUGCUAUGGCUUCUUUCUCUUGUUCUGCUGAUUGUUGGGUUUACAGUUGCAUUGGUGAUGCUCUUCCGCGGAGAGAAUGGGAAUGACCAUUGUCGUUGGUGUCACUACCUCAGCUGUGUCCCUACAUCUAGAUGGCAUUGUGAAGAAAAUUAACACUCAAAGCAGACACUUCAAAUUUUAAAAAAAAUAGAAGGGAUAUGUUCUUUUUCUACUAUGUUAAUGUUUAGUUGUUUUACAAACUGGUUUGCUCUACCUGUUACUGUAUAGGCAAUUGCUGUAUUGUUACUGGGUUUUGGAAUGCUCAAAUUUUUGCAUGUUUGA